UGGCGCUGCCGGGCUCCCUGAACAGGUACCUGCUGCUCAUGGCGCAGGAGCACCUGGAGUUCCGCCUGCCGAACCUGGAGAUGUAAUUUGUGUGGUAUUGAAUUUUAAAUGCUUUAGGAAAUACAGUCUUUGCUUUCACUUUUUGGAGGUCAGUUCACCAAUAAUCAAGGAACUUAUGGAAAAUCUCCUUUUUGGAUUCUUACUAUUCCCUCUGAAGAUAUUGCCAGAAACUUAAUGAAGCGGACAGUGUGUGCCAAAUGGUUUUUAGUUGGUUGAGCAGAUUGGUGAAUGUAAGAUGACAAAAAGUCCAUAUUUGAACUAUGGGGUCAUGGGAAAUCUCCAGAAGAGCUGUAUAGUUCUCUCAGAAACUACCCUGUGGAGAAGAUGGUUCCAUUUCUACAUUCAGAUUCUACAUAUAAAAUACAGAUUCACACAUUCAAUAAAACAUUGACACAAGAAGAAAAAGUCAAACGAAUAGAUGCUCUUGAGUUUCUGCCAUUUGAAGGAAAAGUAAAUUUAAAGAAGCCACAGCAUAUAUUCUCUGUUUUGGAGGAUUAUGGUUUGGACCCCAACUGCAUUCCUGAGAAUCCACAUAAUAUUUAUUUUGGUAGAUGGAUUGCAGAUGGACAGAGAGAGCUUAUAGAGUCAUACAGUGUCAAAAAGAGACACUACAUUGGAAAUACAAGCAUGGAUGCUGGUUUAUCAUUCAUCAUGGCCAACCAUGGAAAAGUAAAGAAAAAUGAUAUUGUCUUUGACCCAUUUGUUGGAACAGGUGGCCUUCUGAUAGCAUCUGCUCAUUUCGGAGCGUAUGUCUAUGGGACAGACAUAGACUACAACACAGUUCAUGGCUUGGGAAAGGCUAGUAGGAAAAACCAGAAAUGGAGAGGACCAGAUGAAAACAUUAGGGCAAAUCUCCGUCAAUAUGGGUUAGAGAAAUAUUACCUUGAUGUCCUGGUUUCUGAUGCAUCCAAACCUUCCUGGAAGAAGGGCACAUAUUUUGAUGCAAUCAUCACUGAUCCUCCGUAUGGUAUCAGAGAAUCGACAAGAAGAACAGGUUCACAGAAGGAAAUCCAGAAGGGAAUAGGAAAAUGUCCAGAAAGCCAUGUUCCUGUUUCCUUGAAUUAUCAUCUGAGUGAUAUGUUUUUUGACCUGUUAAACUUUGCAGCUGAGACCCUCACAUUAGGUGGAAGACUAGUCUAUUGGUUACCAAUAUACACACCAGAAUACACUGAAGAGAUGGUACCCUGGCAUCCUUGCCUGAAACUUAUUAGCAACUGUGAGCAGAAGCUUUCUAGUCACACAGCAAGGCGCUUGAUAACAAUGGAAAAGGUGAAGAAAUUUGAGAACCAGGACCAGUAUUCACAUCUGCUAAGCGAUCAGUUUCUGCCGUACCAAGGCCAUAAUUCCUUCCGGGAGAAGUAUUUCAGCGGGAUCACGAAAAGAACUGCCAAGGAAGAAAAAUCUAGCCAGGAGUGAAAAUUAAGAUUUUGACAAUGAAGAAAGACUAAGGAUUUCAUAAAAAGGACAUCUGGAUGUGAACUUUCAUGUGUGAUACAGAAACAUGCACUGUUUUAAAUAAUUUUAUAUAACAAAA